AUAAAAAAAAAUGUCCGCUAAUCAAAAUACCGCUUUUCCGCGCUGCUUCUCUGGUGCACUUAAGGAGGUCGCCCGAGAACAAGGGUUUACGGAAGGCUUGUACCGCCUCGAAAGUGAAUCUGGUAGCAAAUUUGGGGAUGGUUUUGCUGGUGAUCUAGUGAAGGUGUUCAUUCGCGAAGGAGACCGAGAGCUGGUAGUUCUGUGCAAGCUGCUGCCGGAGAAUGAAACGCGCAAACAGCAGGGAAUUUCUCUGUUUGUUAGAGAAACGGAGGCGUACAUGAAAAUUCUGCCCUUGCUGACAAAGUUCCAAGAAGAAAAGGCUCUCGCGAAGCAUUUGCCCCGGUUUGACAAUGUGCCUCGGUGUUACUACGCCAAGACUACGCUCGAUAGCAUGGAGUCUGUGGUCAUCAUGGAGGAUUUGCGCUUGCAGGCGUACCGUAUGUGGGACAAGGCGAACCCUGUCGAUUUCGAGCAUGCCCGGCUACUCAUGGCCACCUUGGGUCGGCUUCAUGCACUUUCGUUUGCGAUGAAAGAUCAACAGCCGGAAGAGUUUGCACAGUGCCGGGAGUUUACUGACCCAAUGACCAAAAUGUUGGCGCUCGACCCAAAGAAGACAUUCCAAAAGAUGGCGGCUAGUAUGUGCCGUAGAGCAAUCGAUACGCUCGAAAAAGAUGAUACAUACCGACGAGGGAAACUGGAGCUGCUGCAAGACCGAUGCGUGCAGGAGAUCGAAGCUUGCGUUGAUGCAAAUGCAGCCGAGCCGUACGCGGUAAUAGGCCACGGUGACUGUUGGUCCAACAAUGUGAUGUUCCAGUAUGCAGAAGAUAAUCAGACACCUUCCAAAAUUAAACUUAUUGACUGGCAGCUGUCCCGGUACGGUUCACCCGUGCUCGAUCUGGUCUACUUCAUCUUCAACUGUACCGACGAGGAGAUGCGUUCCCAUAGCUACCAACGGCUACUGAGCAUCUAUUACCACAGCCUUAGCGAGCAUCUGCACAACCUGGGAGGGGACGUCGAGCGACAGUUCCCACGUAGCGCUUUCCGAGAGCAGUUGAAAAAGUUUGGCCGGUACGGACUUCUUAUUGCGAUGUUGAUAUUGCCGAUGAUUUGUACGCCCAACGAUGAGCUACCCGAUACGAAUAAGGCAAUGGAAGGACUAGUGAAAGAAAAUCCCGAUGGAGAUGAUGAGGUUCAUUUCGAGUACGGAACGACGGAAAAGGCCGCGAUUCGCUAUCAAAAGCGAAUGUCUGGAUGCAUUCGGGAUAUGGUUCGGUUGGGGUAUAUUUAAACUGUUGUGGAAUAAAGCGCAUCCAUUGCUGCUGGGAUGGUAUUAGAAGAAGGAUUGGGAUGGUACAUUGGGAUGGCAAUCUUGAAUGUCUAUAUAGUUUGCCAUA